UCCUUAUCCUAUCAUUCCUACUGACAUUAUCAAAUCCUUUCAAUUAAAAUGUUUUUUCUUUUCAACAUCAAAGGGAUUAAUCUCAUCCUGCAACUUUUAAAUAGGGGUUGAGGAUACCCUCGGAAAUACCAGUUUUUUUUUUUUUCUUUUUUCCAGAAAAACAAAAAUAGAAAAUACUCGCCCCAUGGAUUAUAUAUAUACUUUCAAGGUUCCCUUAUUUCAAGUUAGUUUCAGUUGAAGCUCGCUAUUGCCCUUUUCUUUCUGUACUUUCUGACUCUUCUCCCUCUCUCUCUCUCUCUCUCUCUCUCUCUCUCUCUAUCUGCUUAAAGAAACAAAGAAAUGGAUAGACGCAGAAGGAAGCAACCUAAAACCGCUACUUGUCUCUCUGAAGAGGUGAGCAGCAUUGAGUGGGAGUUCAUUAACAUGUCCGAACAAGAAGAGGAUCUCAUUUAUCGAAUGUAUAAGCUUGUCGGGGACAGGUGGGGUUUGAUAGCGGGUCGAAUCCCGGGUCGGAAAGCUGAAGAAAUAGAGAGGUUUUGGAUAAUGAGACACGGCGAAGUGUUUGCCAGUAGACGAGAAGAACUCAAGAGCUCUGAGUCUUAAUGGAAAUUCAUUUUUGGAUAUAAGGCAUUAAUCCCAUCCUUCUUCUGAUCUUCUUCUUCUACAGAAGGUCCAAAUUUAAUUAAUAUCUAGAUUUAGUUAAAUUAUAAUUAGUAAUAGAAUGAUUAACGUGUGUUGAUGUUUCAUUAACAUCGAAGUAAGUAGUAAUGAGCAGUGAUUAUGAUUCCAUUAGUGUAUUUUUGCUCCUCCUUGUUUUAAUCCUUUCAUGUACUAAUUUAUUCUACUAAGUAAUUUAAUUAAUAUGACUGCAUUAUUAAUUUUGA